UGCCAACUUGACAAGAUCAAAGCCGCAGGAAAAUGGACAGUGAGGUUCAGCGAGAUGGAAGGAUCUUGGAUUUGAUUGAUGAUGCUUGGCGAGAAGACAAGCUGCCUUAUGAAGAUGUCGCAAUACCACUGAGUAAGCUUCCUGAACCUGAACAAGACAAUGGUGGCACCACAGAAUCUGUCAAAGAACAAGAAAUGAAGUGGACAGACUUAGCUUUAUAGUACCUCCAUGAGAACGUGCCCCCCCAUUGGAAACUGACACGGCUCCUUUCUUGCAGACGAAUUUUCUAAAAGUACACAGAUAAAAAAUGUUUUGUUUCAGUCUCCUACUUCAAAUCUUUGAGUAAUAAAUCAGCACUCAAAAAUGUA